AUUACUGGCUUACCAGAUAAUUCAAAAAAAAACCUCGCCUCCUGUCUUCAUUGGAUGGUACAUCACUCUUCCAGAUUAUAUUUGAGAUAAAUCCAUUAGAUGAAACUGUUUCUCAGAGGUGUAUCAUAGAAGCUGAACCAUUGGAAAUGAUAUAUGAUGCAAGGACAGUGAAUAGUAUAAUAGAAUUCUUCAGGCCUCCAAAAGAGGUACGUCUAGCACAGCUCACUUCAGCAACUUUAACAAAACUUGAAGAAUUUCGUGAAAAGACAGCAACAGGUAUUUUGUAUAUUAUUGAAACACAGAAAGUUCUUGACCUCAGAAUUAACUUGAAGGCUUCAUAUAUUAUUGUACCACAAGAUGGAAUUUUUACUCCUACAUCUAAUCUACUACUUUUGGAUCUUGGUCAUCUAAAGGUGGCAAGUAAAAUUCGUUCGGAAUUACCAGAUGUGAAACAAGGUGGGACCAACCUUGAAGAAAUUAUGCAAAGAGCUUAUGAUUCCUUUGAUAUUAACCUUACAAGCAUACAACUACUUUAUAGUAGAGUAGGUAAGUAUAAAAUGCAUUAUUGA